UGAAGAGUCGCGUUGCACCAUGAACGUCGUCUUUGAUCUCGGGUCCUGGCGCUUGACAGACGACGGGCGCAUUUACCGCCGCGGCAAGCUCCGGUUCGCGAACGGGGACCUCUACGACGGCGAGUGGCUUGAUGGUCAGCGCCAAGGCCGAGGCACGUUUACCUACGUCAACGGGGCCACGUACCACGGCGAGUUUUCGCAUAACCUUUUCAACGGCUUUGGGGUCCUCCGCGUGCCGGACUUGCAACACCCGCUCACCAAAGAGUGGACCAAGGGCUCGUCGUACGAAGGCGGGUUCCGUGACGGCCAAAAGCACGGCAAAGGCACCUUGGUGUGCGGCGACGGCGGCAGCUACGAUGGUGCGUUUGCCGACAACGUUUUCAGCGGCCACGGUGUCUUUUGCUACGCUAACGGCGACCGGUACGGCGGUGAAUGGCGCCACGGCAAGUGGUGGGGCAAAGGCCACCUUCUGUACCGCGACGGCGGUAGCUACGAGGGCGACUUCCAGAACGGUCUCUUCCACGGGUUUGGUCACCGCGUGUGGCCCCAUGCUGGCGGGUCCUACUUGGGCGAAUACAAACUCGGGGACCAGCAUGGACCCGGUGUCCGCGUCUUUGCCGACGGUUCACAGUACGAUGGCGACUGGGUCGACCACUGCCAGCACGGCAGCGGUGUCUGGACAACAGCGACAUUUGUGUACAUUGGUGAUUUUGCGCACGGCCACCCCCACGGCAAUGGCCUCUUUCGCUAUACGAACGGUGAUGUGUACGAAGGACAAAUGCACAGCGGGUACUACUACGGCCGUGGCAAGUUCACAUACAAGGACGGCGGCUACUACGACGGCGAGUACACGGCGGUGCGCGUCCGCUGGUGUGUCGUAACGCCAACGCCCAACAACAAGCGUCAUGGCAAAGGUCGUCGGGUGUGGGCAUCCGGGAACGAGUACAUCGGGGAGUGGUCCAACGACGUCAUGCAUGGCCGCGGCACGCUCCGCUCGACCGUGCAGGGCAUGAAGGUCGAGUACAUUGGUGCGUUUGACAACGGCCGUCAAUCGGGCGACGGACAACUGACCAUGCUUAAAAUCAGCAACGCCCCCCUCGAGUUUCCGCUCGGAAGCGGCAACUACCACUAUGGAAAAGGCGAGUGCACCUAUACCGGCGGCUUUUUCAACGGCGUGUUCCACGGCCACGGGCGCUUUGCGCACACGGACGGACGCAAUUAUGUCGGUGACUGGGUUCACGGCAAGCGCGACGGACAUGGCGACGCGAUCUUGACCCCUGUCGCGGAAAUGGGCGACGAUCGGCGCCAACACAUUGGCGGCAACGACGCUCUCUAUCGGAUGCUCAAGUACACGGGGGCGUAUUGUGACGACGUGCGGCAUGGGCGCGGUAUGCUGUACUUCACCAACGGCGAUGGCAUUGACGGCGACUUUGUCUGCGGACACGUGCACGGCGCGGCCGAGUACGUAUUUGCAUCCGGUCGACGCCGGCGCGGUCGCUGGGAGCACGGACACCGAGUAGCGUGGGCCGACGCUGAGAGCAACCAAGACGACGACAUCAUCGCGCGCGCGAGCACCGUGCCUGAAAAGGAGGCUGCAUCGCCCGACUUGCCGACCUCCAAGGCAGGGUCCAAAGGAGCGUCCAGUCCAUGGAGCACUUCCACGAUAGACAAACUGUCUAUAACAUGACAGACAAUAUUGGUGUCGUAAAUGGCUCCCACGUACGUCUCGUGAAUGCCGGCACCGCGCUCGAGCCCACUCAAGAUACCGUCUCCACCAAUCAAAUGCCACCACUGUAUUCUUCGAA